ACCAAUAAAACGUCAAAAUUGACAAAUUAUAGCCAGGCUUACAUACUUUUAAUGUUCGUAUAAUUUCUACUUAAAGCUUAUUUUAGUUACUUUUUGUUAAUACCACUUCAUAAUUAUAUUGAAUUUUAUAUUCGUAGCUGAUUUUGUAAUGAGUGAUUCAAUGUAAUGGGGUGUUUAACUUGGAUCAGAGGUUUUAAAAUGACAAUUCCUUUCAAGGAUAAGGAAUUAAAUAAAAUUGCUGCAUUCUUCAAUGUCACUACUUUUCUUUUGACAUGCGCUGCAUUGGUUCAGCCAAGUUGGUUCAGAAUAAAGGGAUUACAUUGCACCCAAAGUUUAUCAUUGGCCCAAUUUUUUACAUUUGACGAAGAUGAUGAUGAUAGUGACAAUGAUGACAAUCAAAUAAACAUACAUCAAGGUUCAGAAUUUGAUCCUUUGAAUAGAUCAGAUUAUAAUGGAUUACCACCAUGUACUACACCAGAAAUCAUCACCCUUAUGAGAAUUCUUAUUUUAUUGUGCUUCAUGGUGCUACUAUGUUCUUGUAUUGGAGUACUAAUCAACCUAACCAGUCUGAACAGCAAAGCCAUUAAAUUGUUACGAAGAAAUGCUAUCCCCAGUAUAAUGUGUGUAUUCUGGGUGAUAGCUAUAGUGGGUGUUUGUUAUUAUACAACUGUAGUCUUGGGAAGUGAAAAUUACAGCGACCCAAAUGCAAUAAAGGUUGAUUAUGAGUAUGGAUUUUAUACAAUAACUGGUGCAGGUGCUCUCGCGCUUUUGGCAUCCGCAGCCAAUCUUUGGGGUGCACCAUUAUCUAGUGAUGAAGAUAUUCAAAGGAGAAAUCUAAUGGAAGACUGGGAUGGAUAUGAAGCACACAGUGUUGGUCCAACUCCAGCUGUGCCAACACUUCCACCAUACACACCUAGUGCAGACUAUGUGCCUACUGUUCAUGCAUCAUAUGCCCCACCUGUUCUUGGUACCCAACAAUAUUUUCCUUUUGAUGAUCUUUCUAUCCUUCCCCCUCCACCGCCUUACACUCCAUAAAUCUCUUGAAUGAAAACAAGUUUAUUAUUUGUAUUGUACUACAAAUCAGAUUUUAGUGGAUCUUGUGUAUAAUAAUUAAGAUUUGUUUUAAUUGGGUGUAAUGUAUUAUUAAUAUUUAAUAAGGCUUGUGAAAGAAUAACAUUAUCACUAAUCCACCACAAAUCACAAUAAGUUAUAUGGGUGCAAGUGUAACUGAUAAUAAUAAAAAUCGUUCCAUUGUAGGUUUGUCUUAUAUGUAUAUAUAUAAAAUAAUAGCCAAAUAUUUCAUUAACAAAAUUAUUAGAUAUUGUAAUUGCCUAAAAAUAAUCAGAGUGUAAUGAUCUGUUCUAUGUAUAUUGUGGUUGUGAGUUGAUCAUUAUUAUAACUUCACUGUUCACUUCAGUAUGUGAUUCGCCAUUUUAGUGCCUAAUCAUGUCGUUAUUUCUCGAAUUACUUAUAAUAUUAUUAAAAUUUUUGUUGUGUAAAUUAGCUUAAUUAACUAUAAUUUGUUAGAUUAAGAACAAUUCUCUUUAUAUUUUUAAUGAAGUUAUAUAUAUAUAAUUACAGCUAUAUGUAUUUUGUUAUAUUUCAUAUUGAACAGUGUAAAUCAAUUGAUUCAGGAUUGCUUUGGAUUUGUAUUAGAGGUCGUCAUAAUAUUUAUUAAGUACUAACAAAAGACGUGUGUUGCAAAUAUAUGUACAAAAGUAAAGUAACGAAACGUAAGAAAAUUGAAGCCGAUACAAAAAUUGCUUAUUAGCAUUUUACUAACUACUACUACCUUACCUAGUUAGCUAGCAUUAUCUCGUUUAAUAUGAAAAUACUAAAUGCUAAAAAGCCUAACAACCUGUCUAUUAUUUUUUAUUUGCUAUCAAUGUUAAGAUAACAUUGAUUAAUUAUUAUUUAUUUAAAUUAUUAAUUAUAUUUUCGUAAUUCUAGAAUAUAAAUUAGGUUUGAUAUUCAUUAUCUGUGUAAUAAACACUAAAAGAUCUGUUUGAUAAAUUAGCAGAAUAAUUUUCGAAUGAGCUUUUAGAAUUAGACAAAAUAUCUGCAUGUUGAAUAAUAUUGAAAUAAUUAUCAGAGUAGGCGAAUCUUAAUAAAAAUAAAGUCUAUGAUGUACGAGUAUGAUAGGUAUUCCAUGUUACCAAAAAUACAUAUAAGAAUGUUAUUAGUUGAACGUUAAUGUAUAGAUUCCUUCUAGUUGUAAGAAUAGUUAUUCUCGGUUGAUUAACUGGGAAGUUUAUUUUUACAUUAAACUAAACAAAAGUAAGAUUUUAUUUUAUAUAAGACCAAUAUGCAAUACAUAUCUAUA